AUUGAUAGUGAAUUGAUGAUAUUGAAGACACCCGUCAAUGUAUUGAUGAAAAUCAGAGAGUUCAAAUAUUUAUUGACGUCACGCAUUGUCAAUGUUAUUGACAAGUGUUUUGCACCAUUCAGGCGUUCAAUAAUAUUGAAUCAAUAUUUAGUCUCGUCAAAAUUUCCGUACAGUCAACAUGGCUAAAUCAACCAGAGACGAGGAACGGAAGUUUAUACUUGAAUGCAUAGAUCUGUAUAGAGAUCUUCCAGCUCUCUGGAAAGUGACAUGCGAAGAUUACAGCAAUCGCGUGAAGAAAGAGGCUGCGUAUAUCACUCUUCUUGAAAAGUAUAGGGAGCGUUAUCAAGAUGCAACAAAAGAAGAUGUAAAGAAAAAGUUUAAUGCUCUUCGAACCAAUUUUCGAAAAGAACUGAAAAAAGUUAUUGAUUCCGAAAAGUAUGGAGCUGGAACCGAGGACUUGUUUGAAUCAUCUUUGUGGUAUUAUGAUGCGAUGUUGUUUGUACAAGAUCAGGAAACGCCAGCACCAUCUCGAAGCUUCGUGGACAAAGAAGAAGAGUCAAUUGCUGAUGAUAACACCCUUGAAAAUACAGAUUCGUCAUCAGAAGUAUCACAAGAUACGCAAUCAAGCGGGCUUGCGGCUCCCUCUAAGAGGACAAACUUUAGAAGAAAGAAGAGGACAAUUGAAGACAAGCGUAACGAGCUUAUGGAAUUGGCAUGUAAGCGUUUACGUGAACCAGAAGAUGACACUACAAGCUUGGUCCAAACAUGGGUAAAUGAGCUCAAGCACAUGGAGCCAAAGCAACAAUUACUGUCGAAGAAGGCCAUCAAUGAUAUUUUGUUUGAAGGGAGAAUGGGUACCCUCAAGAGGAAUUCGGUUUUAAUCAAUCCACCUGAACAGUCAUUUGUGCAGCAUAGAUUGGUACAGCCCGAGUCCAUUUCAUCUAGGCAGUCAUUGACACCUACCUCUGUUGUCUGCCAUGGUUCAUUCCAUAACAACCAACCGACAAUUUAAUUGGAUAAUUUACACGAAGUUCAUUCAGGAGCAUUACGUGUACAAAAUUAUUUUUUUACUGAAACCAUUGUUUUGUCCAAAAUUUCUUAUUUUUUCGCUUUCGUUUAUCCAAUAGCAGCGCAAUACUUAUCAUGACAACAGGAUCCAUCUUGUUUGAAUCAUGACCGAAGUACAAAUGAACAAAAUAUUGAUUAAUAUUUUUGUUCACUUGAGUGCAAUUUUUUUUUAUUAUUUCAAUAUUAUUGAGUCAAUACAAUUGACAAUACUA